GCGGCAGGACAGGCGUUGCCAUGGCGAGGCGUCUGUGUUUCAGAGCGCGCUGCUGUUGUCUGGGCUGAGCUUUAGAUAGAGAUACUCGUAAAAGUCGAUUAAUUUGUAGAUAAUUAAUGUCUGUGGUCGUUUUCUCUCUGCCUCUGUUUCGCGGUGAGACGCGCUGCUGAGCGGCUGCGCUGUAAAACACUCUUUAACCCGCCGUUGGUAAAAUAAUCCCCGUUAGCUGCUGUUAGCUAGCCAAGUUAGCUAAGCUAACUAGUUAGCUGCUUAGCUAAACCCGCCACCCCGCCGACUGUUAUCCAGCCCGGGAGAGGACAGAUGGAUACCUGAGGAGAAACUGCGGCCUAUCACUUUGAUCCAGACAACAGUAUUGAGGCUGACAGGAGUCUAAACACUUCUAUUGUCAGGUUGGAGAGUGAUCCAGGUUCAGACAUGGAUUCUGAGAAUGAUCUAGAUUUCUUCGAGGAUAACCGAAGGAGAGAGUCUGAGCAGAGCUCACCGUCACGCCACAGAAACAGAAAGGAUUCAGAAUCAUCACUCCACUCAGGAAAGCAGAACGGCAAGUUUCAUAAAAAUUCGGAGAGCUCAUUAGGGGGUCGAGCCCGGAUCAGAACACGAGAGCCAAAGCGGGACCCGGAUCAGGACCGGAUCAGUGAUGAAGAACACAGCAGAGCCUCCUUCUAUUCGGAUGAUUAUGAAAAUGCUUCUCUGUCUGAGAGGUCCUUCUCACCACAGUCUCCCUCACCACCGACACACAGAACAGCCAGGACUCGAAGGAUCUCCAGCAGCCCCUUACACAGAACAGGUGUGCGUAAAGGUGUGUCUCGUCGUCCAGGUGCCCAAGCUUAUCACCCUCAGCAGAGAUCCAGUGGCAUGCGCUCUCAGAGCCUCGGUAAAGAUGCUCCUCCGAAGGAUCUGGAUCUGGUGACCAAGCGCCUGCUCUCUGCACGCCUGCUGAAAAUCAGUGAGCUAAAAAACGCACUGUCUGAACUACGGACGCACGCAGACGAGCUGCAGCGCGAGAACCGCCUUCUCCGCCAGCUGCAGCUGCGUCAUGAGAAGGCAUUGCACAAGUACAGUGACACAGAGAGCGAAAUAUCUCAGCUCAUCUCCCGCCACAACAACGAGACUCAUGUACUGCGCGAGAGACUGCGGCGCAGCCAGGAGAGAGAGCGCACAGCAGAACGCAGCUACAGAGAGGCAGAUGCGCAGCUCCAGCGAUGCCGCAGCCAGCUGCAGAAACUGCAGCAGCUCGCAGACGACCAGAAUCUGGGGGAAAGAGAUGAGCUGAGUCGCAAACUGACCCACGCCCAGGCCAGAGCACAGGAGAGCGACCGCAGGGUCAAAGAGCUGGAGAAGAACUUAGAGCUGAGUAAGGGAAGCUUUCAGAGGCAGCUGGCUGGCGAGCGGAGGAAAACCCAUGAUGCUAUGCAAGAAAUUCAAGCACUGCGGGAGGAAACGGAGAAACUAAGUGCCAUACUUAAGGGGAAAGAAAGGGAGCUGGAUGCAAGAAACAUUUAUGCUAACAGAAUCACGAGAGCGGCUUCAAAGAAAGAGCCUGAAAACCCCAACAAGAAAAAAGGUCUUGCUAAGAUCAGUAGUAAAGCUGUACAUACUGAAGAGCGGGCUCUGUCUCUGGAAUUCCCCUCCCCUCCUCCUGCCAUCACAGACGGCAGCGAGUUUCCUGCUGAUGAUCAGGUUGAUGACUACCUUUCUCUAAAGCAGGAGCAGCAAAGCAGUGAACAGAAGCAGAAGGAGUCAAAAGAAUGGAGAACUCAGGAGAUGGAGAGAGAGCGGGAGAAAGAGCGAGAGCGAGAGAAAGAGGUGGAGCUGGCCUUUGAACGUGAGAGGGAGAGAGAGAAAGAAAGAGAUCGACUCAGGGAAACAGAGAGAGAAUCAGAGAAAGACAGAAUUAAGGUUGAGAAGCAGAGAAUAGACAAGGAGGUCAACUCAAAUGAACAGAAGGGAGCAAGGCCAAGAGACGCAGGGAGGGACAGAGAAGAGAAAAAGCAGAAAAGGUGGAGCCAGUUCCAGAGUGAGGAAGAGCAAAAGAAGUCACAUGAACCAAAAGAUGAUCAGUGGAUGAGAGAUCAGGAACUCCUGGCCAAUCAGGAGCGUGCAGAGGAAGAGCGUCAACGUAAAGAGCAACUUUUGGCUAAGAUGCGUGAAAUUGACAUGCAGACUCAGGGACACGACUCAGACUUCUUCUCAGAUGAGACUGGAAGCAUUCGCUCUCCUCCUCGAUUAUCCGAGCCACGGAACCAGAAUUCCGCCAUCUUCAGCUUCACAGAGCCGGAUGAGGGUGUGGUGGGCACACCUGGAUCUGGGAAAAGGGGUGGAGCUCUCAGAGCACAGAAACCCAGUCAGGAGCUUGACUUUGCUUUUGGCAGCUAUGAACCAUCAUUUGGUAAACCAUCCUCUAGAUCAAGCUUCGGACAUCGCAACCAAAGCCAGCCCAACAGCCAGCUGUCAGGAGAUGGAGAUACAGGGCUGAACCUGAACGGACUAGUGAAAGAGAGGAAGUCCAACCUGAUGCAGCAACUUUUUGGAUCUACAGCGUCAUCAGCUUCCCCUCCUGAGUCUCCUCGCAAGAUGGAGAUCCUGAGUUCUGUCAGCACAGCCAAACCUCAGUCUGCAACCCAGAGUGGAAGAAGGAGGGACGCAGAUACGCCGACCGGACUGAACAUCACCGGUUCUAGCAAGAGUGUUUUUGAAGCUUCUGAGAGUCGUCCUGCGGUUAGGGCCAUUACGUCAUUCGACGACGACAUUGAGGAGGUGACUCUGUGAAAAAGAGAAGUUUUAAUGACCUCACAGGUGGAAAAAUUAGUGUUCAGCAACACAGAGAGGCCAAAAAGGUAGAGAGAUGAACAGAGAUGUUUACAAACCUCAGCAGAUGAGGUUGUAUCCAUCUUCAGGAAGUAUUUUGUGAUUAUUAUACACAUUAGUAUACUUAAUUUAUUAUAUACCUGAAGUUUGUACUGAGUAAACAAUGGCAUUGUCUGAUUAUUUGCAUUAUUUUCCAUUUUGUAUUCUGGGAAGGGCACAAUUCAGGACACAGACUGUUAGGGGUGGCAGAGAAGUCACUUCUAUUUUAUUUCAUAAUUUCAUUUCAUUCUGUGCUUCUCCAGGAAUUUCCCUUUUUCUUUCCGGUCCUUUAAGUUUAUACUAGGCUUGAGAUGUCAUGUUGGCACAUCUAAACCAAAUGUACACAAUAUAAGCACAUUAUAUGGCCACCAUGUGGCCUAGCACCGUCAGGCAUGAGUUUAGUCUCCUAUGCCUUCAGGGCUGACCAAUCAAACUUAACACACUAUCUCAAAAGCACUACCAAUCAAAGACCCUGUUUACCCCUGGUCACUUACAUCACAUGCGUCUUGAGUAUUGGGAUUAGAACUGAAUUGCGUAACAAGCAGGGGUGCACUCGCAUUGGGCACACUCGACACGCCUGCAUCGCAACGUGACUUGCACAGGUUGUAAGAUAGAGCCCCAUGUAUAAAAAUGAAUGUGGCUAAAAAAUCUAAUUGGAUAUAAAGUUACCAGGUGUAAACAGGGUUAUAUUGAGUAAUAUUGAGUUGAGGAAACCCAGAUACUGGAUGUGCCAGAGUAGAGAAACCACUAUAUUACUGCUUCAGUCCCACAAACACUUUGAAAGAAUGAACAAUAAGAGAUUUAUCUCAAAGAACAGUGACCUUUCACAUAAUUAGAUUCACAUCAGAUUUUAGAUCAGUUUAGAACAGUUUUCAUGUCUUUAUUUAUUAUUUGUGAACAGUAUGUUUCUGAUAAUCAUUAAUAUAUUUGUAAAGAAUUGAAAGUACUUUUCCCUCUAGACUAAACUAAAGAGUUUUUGAUCUGAUUUUAGCCUUUUAUAAAUCAUAAUGUGAGAAUAUGAGCACUUGUGAUAUUUUAGCUUACAAAAGAUAAUGAGAAUUCAUGUUUUUUAUGUAUAUAUUUUUGGCGUAUAUUUUUUGUUAAUACAGACUAGUUUAUUAACCACGAAACAGAAAUAUGGUAGUGUGACCUGUAUUAAAAAUAUCUCAGGGUAAGGACUGACGUGGAAAGAGAAGUUUUAACUGUAAAUGUUUUGUAUCGAGCACAGUUGCCAUUAGUUAAACAUUGAAAUUCUUGCAGAAGCAGCACUCCGUUUGAGAAUGUAGUAUCACAAACUUGGAAUAUUAUACACUGACAUGCCAAAAGUCAUGGGAUGACAGUGUGUGAAUUGAUCAUGAAGAGUUGAUCCUGGCAACGGAAUGAAUGGACGGAAGGAAUGCCCAUACCUGUAUAAGUUGUGAGGUGUUAUCUGGCCAGCAUGCUAAUGGCAAGGCCUGAUAGCGGAUGCAGGUGGAUGGGGGCAUUCUGUUCCUUUUCUAAUGUUUUGCAGGCAUUUAACAUGUGAACAGACUCCGGCAGAAAUCACAUCCACAUUAAAUGCUGCAGACACCACACUCACAUUCAUGACUUUUGGCAUGUAAGUGUACACCCCCUGUACACUUCUUUAUCCUGUUAAACAUUUGGAUAUUUGAUCAUUUCAUUGGAAUAAUAUGCAGAGACAAAGGUAACAUAACUAAACACAUGCAGCUGUCUGAGGUUUAAAUAAAACAGGCUCCUCCAAAAAAACUCUCUUAACCAUGUUCAUAUCGUCUGCAGCUGGUGUUAUGUCAAAGCCAGAGAUGUAUAGUAACAAAGUAAAAGUAUUUUAUUCUGUACUAAAAUGCUUUAUCUGUGCCUAAUAGAGGAUUAUUUUUCUUCUACUUUCACUUUUACUUCACUACAUAUUUUGGAUGAGUUUUUACUCUAUUUUACUCUGAUACAUUGUUUAUGUGCUGCAUCAUUACUCUUUACAAUUAUAAACAUUUUAGGAAUCACUCCAAACCCACAUUAUCACUAAAGCCAGAGCAGAGCGGUAGAUGAUCUGCACCGAUCACGAGUUUGAUGAAGCUGCUUAUAAAUGAUUGAAUCAAAAGAUCAAGCUGAUCUUAUAAGAAGACAUAGUUUCUUCCAUUCUUCUUUUUAUUUUGAGAACUUUCCAGUGCUUUCUGUAAUAAAUACACUAAUAACACAGUACUGUACGUUUACUUUCAGUACUUCAAUACUAUUACAUUUUAGAAUAAAGUACAAAAAAGUUUAAAUACUUCUACUAAAGAGUAGAGCUUUAACUUAUGCUCAAGUCACUUUUUUGAUAGAGCACUUGUACUUUUACUCAAGUCUGGGUCUCUAGAACUUUUUACAUCUCUAGUCACAGUGUAGCACAGUGUGUGCAGGAAUACAUUUAGGGGUUUCCUAAUUUUUCCCAUACAUUAAAAAAAAUGCAUUUUUAUUAAUUAUAUUCAUACAUAAAAUGUGUAAAGGUUUCUUCAGUUGUAUGUGUUUUGUUAUAUUACCUCCAUUCAUGGAAUUACUGUUAUAAAUGUUAUUAUAAACUGAUUUAUACAUUUACAUUUAAACAAUUGCUACAGGAGCAUUUGCUCUUAAAUACAAACCAUAAUUAUCUGAGAACUACGCACUUGCACCUUUUUAUCUUUCUUUUAAGUUCUGUCAUCAUGUGUGUUUCAUAUAGUUAAGAAAGGCCCACAGUAUCAAUGUUGUUCAGUGUCUGUUUUUUUGUGACAUGGUAUUUUUUUAUAUUUUGUAUAAAUGUAUAGGACAGUACAUCUCAGUGUUUAUGGUUUAAAAUAUAAGUUUAACUAAA